GCCCGUGGACUAUUUCAUUGGCAGCACUCCCGGCAUUUGCAGCAAUUCGGAUCAGUGUGCUUGCAAGGACCUGAGCCAUGCAGAGGAUGAGGUGAAUUUCUAUGAGGAGGCUCUGAGUCUUCGACAUGGAAGCGGCUUGGAGCCACUUCUUGGCUACACCCUGGAAUAUGCCGGAGUUCUCAACUGUACGGAGGACCUGUGCUUGACGCAAUCGCGGGCAAACAAAAAGCUCACAAGUGCGAGCACCACUUGCCGGUGCACCACUAGCCGUCACCAGCUAGUCAGCUAG